AUAACUCAUGCUUUGCAAUUUAUCAUCUCUAGGUACGACAUAAUGUGUCAGUGUUGGAAGGCCGAGCCUUCUCUACGGCCGAGUUUCACGGAUCUAGUCAACAGUGUAGGAAAAUUGUUGGAGGACAAUGUAAGAACGCACUACAUCGAAUUAAACGUGCCAUACCUCGACGUGAACAGAGCUCUGUUGGAGGACGGGAAGCAAGAUUACCUGACGAUGUUCUCUGCUCCGGACCACGCCGUUCCUUCUACAUCGACUCACGAUUGCGCGAAUUCCCCCGCAUCUGGAACCACGGCGAGCUCUGACUUCUUGAGCAUGAGUCUCAAGGAUGCUGUGGACGCAUCGCCUAUGCUGAAGGAGGAGGAGGAAGAACCCUAUUUGGAACCUAUCAAUGUCCACGAGCUGAGGGCAAAGCUUGCCAGGAACAGAGGAGUGGUGAUGAAUCAGAUAAUGCAUCUAGAUCGAAGUUCCAGAUAACUUGGAAUUGACAGAUUUGAAUUAAAAAAGUUACGAGGUUGGGGUGAGGACGGGUUUCAACCGGAAUCCGAUUUUCGAGGUGGGCUUCGCUCCGACAGUCUUAAGCACUCGGGACGAUUACGUGAAUAUGCGUAGAUCAAGAAGGUUCGGAAACUAUUGCUUCUGAGAAGCAAUACACUUAAAAGUGUCUAUCGAUUGUGAGAGUACUGUCUAGUUGGAAUCACAUUUCUGCGUUUGAAUUUGCGUGGCGCUUGGAGAAAAAUGUACUUGUUAUAUUUUACUGUAUACAUUAUACAGGUAGACCUCUUACAACACGGUUUCGCCCUGACAUAAUAGGAUAAAUUGUGGAAAUCCUCGUAUAUCACUGCAAACUGUAGCACUGUUUCGCUCUAACGCGAUAAAAAAUUGCGAAAACUUUUUUACGACACUGUACUUCUACGGCUCUGGAUAGCAUGAUAUUUGUUUGACAUAUUUAAAAACUAAAUUAUCUUAAAAUAAUAUGACGGGAAGAAAUAAUGAACUAUAGUGCCUUUACAUGAAAAUAUAAUUAUUAUAAUCAA